CCGGUUCAUCAGCCGGUUCCGGCCCUUGCUUUCCACUUCCGGUCGCCUUCCGUUCCGCUGCGGCGGGUGCUACGUCCCCUGCUCCCGGUUCCGCCGUGCUCCAGGUAUUUUUUCAGAACAAAAGCUGCCUCAACAUAUGUUUCAAGGAUGGCUCUCCCUAUCAUCGUAAAAUGGGGUGGACAGGAAUAUUCAGUGACCACGCUUUCAGAAGAUGAUACAGUGCUGGAUCUCAAACAAUUUCUCAAGACCCUUACGGGAGUGCUACCAGAACGACAGAAAUUACUUGGACUUAAAGUUAAAGGCAAACCUGCAGAAAAUGAUGUUAAGCUUGGAGCUCUCAAACUGAAACCAAAUACUAAAAUCAUGAUGAUGGGAACUCGUGAGGAGAGCUUGGAAGAUGUCUUAGGUCCACCUCCUGACAAUGAUGAUGUUGUCAAUGACUUUGAUAUUGAAGAUGAAGUGGUUGAAGUAGAAAAUAGGGAAGAAAACCUACUGAAAAUUUCUCGCAGAGUAAAAGAGUACAAAGUGGAAAUUUUGAAUCCUCCCAGGGAAGGGAAAAAGCUUUUGGUACUAGAUGUGGAUUAUACAUUAUUUGACCAUAGGUCUUGUGCAGAGACGGGGGUAGAAUUAAUGCGGCCAUAUCUUCAUGAAUUCCUAACAUCUGCAUAUGAGGAUUAUGACAUCGUUAUUUGGUCUGCAACAAAUAUGAAGUGGAUUGAAGCUAAAAUGAAAGAGCUGGGAGUCAGCACAAAUGCAAAUUACAAGAUUACCUUCAUGUUGGACAGUGCUGCUAUGAUAACAGUGCAUACGCCAAGGAGAGGAUUAAUAGAUGUAAAGCCUCUUGGUGUCAUAUGGGGAAAGUUUUCGGAGUUUUACAGCAAAAAAAACACCAUUAUGUUUGAUGACAUAGGAAGAAAUUUUCUAAUGAACCCACAGAAUGGACUAAAGGUAAGAUAUAAUUUUAUUUGCUAUGCUCACAUAAUCUGGAAUAUGUAGUAUAACUUUAGCACUGUUGAAUUUCAUAAGUUUUGGAAGUACUGUGUUUAUGGUCACAGGCAACAAAAGCUUAAGUAUUUAGAAAAAUUUAUAUAAAAUUGAACUCUUAUCUCCUUGGUUAGCCAACUCAUCCAGGUGCUUUAUUUUUAAUUAGCUCUAUGGAGCAGCACAAGCUUAUUGACGGUUGACUUUUACCAUCAAAAGUGAAAGCAGACAUUUUAUUAGGGAUACAAACCUUGGAAUUUCUGAUAUUCUUGUCAGCUGGAAAGCUGGCAGUAAGGUUUUUUUUUUGUUGUUUUAAACUAAAACUAAGAAAAGGUUUUUGAAAAUUCAUACAAAGUAAGUAGAGAGCUCAGAAUUAUAAAAUGCCAGAGCCAGAAGGACGCUCAGUCACCUUGUCUCCCUUCUUAACGUGACAGAAAUAGUCUGAAGAUCAAAAAGUCCAAAAUCGUGUAUGUAAGUGGUUAAUGAUAGAAUUAGAGUUCAAAUCUAAGAGACUUGGUUCCUAGGCCAAUGAUGAUCUUAGCAUGAAAUCACUUGCAGUCUUGUGUGGGUGUGAGACUGACAUUUAUUCCUGGGAGCAUUGUAAAAAUGGUAAGAGAGAAAUCUGAAACUUAAGAUUUCUGGUACCUGUAUUUACCAUGUCGUUGGGCACAAUAUGAAGAUGGAAAAGAUAGCUCUGUAUUAUAGCACUAAGGCAAAUGGGGUCUCCAUCUGAAGUGGAAAUCCGGAUGUUAAGACAUUUUUAUUCUCAGACCUGAACUUUUUCACAAGCUGGGUUCUUGAUAACUUUAAAAGAUGAGAGCAACACUUGAAGAAGGUACAUUUUUGAAGCUUUCCUUACCGUUGAUGUGGUCUUUGGUGUACAAUGAAGGUAGCUUAGGCACAGAAUGCUAAUCUAAGCAGUGAAUUGCCACAAGUGUAAAAGGCGUUGACUUGAAACCCCUUGGGGUAGAUUGGUGGUUAUGUCACCCUUUACAAAUGAUUUCUGUUUGAGGCUUUGGAAGAAAUGCUUUUCCUAAGUGUGGUUUACCACGUAUAAGGCACACAAAUAACUUCUUCAUUCUAGAAAAAAGAUUCGGUAGAUUUAAACUGAAUUCUCUAUGAAACUAAUGAUUAUUACCUGUACUGGAAAG